UAAGGUUAUAUUUUCUUUAUUUAUUUUAACUGCAAGAUGUACUGAUAGAGCACACUUCUGUCAUAUUAUUACCUCCAUGGUGAUAAUCUUUUGCUUAUGUUUUUGACUUUUCUCAUCUUGUCGGUUGUUUUGUUUGUUCUAUAGCUAGUUUGAAUGCUGAAAUCAGAUAUAUAUUAAAUUAAAAUGGUGCAAAAUGAAUCAGAAAGUUGGACAAGUGAUGGCACAAUAAGGAUUUUGAUCGCCUCAGAUAUUCAUUUGGGUUAUUUGGAAAACGAUGCGGAGCGCGGCGAGGAUAGCUUCAUCGCUUUCGAAGAAGUUUUAUCCCUGGCUGUCCAAUACGACGUCGAUCUCGUGUUGCUCGGCGGUGAUCUGUUUGACCAGGCGAAGCCCUCUCCCAGCUGUAUGUUCAAGUGCACUCAGAUCAUCCGCAAGUACUGUUUCGGAGACAAACCGAUUAGUGUAGAGUUGCUAUCCGAUCAGUUACAAAAUUUUUCAAGAGUUGUAAACUACGAAGAUCCAAAUUUGAAUAUUUCAUACCCCAUAUUAUCAAUUCAUGGAAACCACGACGAUCCUGUUGGACAAGGCAGCAUUAGUUCUCUUGAUAUACUUUCUAUAACGGGACUGGUAAACUAUUUUGGCAAAUGGAGCGAUUACACGCAAGUUCGAGUAUCUCCAGUGCUCAUGCAGAAGGGAGAGACCAAAUUGUCAUUGUAUGGCCUAAGUCACCUCAAAGACCAACGACUCUCUCGCUUAUUUGGGGAAAAAAAAGUUGAAAUGGACCUGUUACAAGACAAUAAUGAUUGGUUUAACAUUCUGGUGCUUCAUCAAAAUAGAGCUGAUAGAGGUCAUGGAAAUUACAUUCCAGAAAGUGUACUGCCUACAUUUUUAGACCUUGUCAUAUGGGGUCACGAGCAUGAUAGCCAAGUGUUUGCUAUGAAAAAUAUGAAGAGAGAGAAUGAAGGUUUCUGUGUGAUCCAGCCGGGCAGCACGGUGGUCACAUCGCUGGCUGCGGGGGAGGCUCUGCCUAAGCAUUGCGCUCUGCUGCAAUUACACAAGAAAGACUAUAUUGUAACGCCUCUGCCAUUAAAGACUGUAAGGCCUUUUAUUUUUAAAACAAUAGUUCUAUCAGAAGAAAAUUUAGGUAACAAAACG